CGAGAUCUCCUCGUACUGACAGUCGACUGAGAGCCCCUGUCGGCACCUUCCAGUGGGGCGGCCACAACGUGCAGGAUCCUCUGCAUGGCGAUGGCCCUGAUCUCCCAGGCGAGGGCCAGCCCGAGCUUCCUCGGGCAGAGCCGGGAGCAGCAGAGCGGAGAAGCUGCAACACUGGACAGGGCAGCCGUGCCAGUCGGCCAGGGCUUGACCACGGGCGCGACCACAGGCAGCACGUCUCAGCAGCCUCGACCCGGUGUGCCGAGCCAGGUGCCUCCUCAGCUCAUGACGUGGGCUCAGGCCCAGACGGCAGCGGGACCCGACGGCGUGCCCUCUACGGCGGCGAUCGGACACCUGUUGGACGGCACGCCUCUCCUGACCUUGGAGCACCAGCAGAUGCUACUCGGGCCGCCUCCGCCUCCGAAGGAGCCACCUCCGGAGCUGAACCCAGCAGCUGCCUCCAGCAGCCAUCCGCCAUUCCAGCCGACACAGUGGACGGCGACGGCCGCGGCCGCGAGCCAGUCCCCGUCAGGUGUGGCUGUCGCUGGAGCCGGAGGCGCGGCCAGGCCUCCAAUGCCAGCGAGGGUGUCGCCUGGUACCGCUUCCCUGAAGGGGAAGCCCGUGAGCUCACCCCCGCCACAGCCGAGGCCAGACUGCAAUCACUCGCAGCCCAUCGGGUACGGCAACCAGUACGGCACGGGCCAGAAGUCAGUCACGAGGCGGGACGAGAACGAGACGGUCAAUGCCGAGAAACCGGAGUCAGCUGCCGAGGCAGCACGCCGGGCGGCAGCCUCAGCGGAGCGAGCAAUGCAGGUGCUCCCAGAGGACCCGGGCUUCAAGGCAGGUUCGGCGGCGCUGCAGACAGUGCCGGAGGGACUGCAGGCGCUCAGCAAGGUUCGGGAGGUCAUCGAGCAAAUUGUGCAGUAUGUGAGCAGUGCGCAGUCCCAGAACCCCGGCCAGGUGGAGGAGGAAUCGCAGCUGACACAGCAGGGCAUCACGCGGAUCCGACGCAUCCUGAAGACCCUGGAGCUGAUGAGCGACGUCCUCGAUCAUCUCACAGGGCAGAUGUCCGCCCUGACGGUGCCGAUGACGAAUGUCGAGCAGUCCGUGGGUCAGCUCACGCAGAUGGUGGUGCAGAUCGGGGCAGCGGUGAUGAGUUUGGUCCACGUGGCCAACCAAGGCAGCGGCACUACGCAGGAUCUACCUACCUCCCAGGGAGGCGCUUCGUUACCGACCGGAGAGGAACCACCGGGAACGAUGACGACGACCUCGACCAAGGUACCGACAGCCGUCCAGGACGAGGCACCUGUGGAAAUGCUGGAAGACCUGGACGGCAAGGCUCCGUUAUAA